CGGCGCUGAAAUAUUUUGUAAAUACAUGUAAUCUAAUUAGGAUGAUUACACAACUUUGACCGUAUCAACUCCGUUUUAAAGUGAACUCCGCAAUAUGUGUGGUAUCAGCCUUGUACUGUGUAGUUGUAAUGAUGAUAGACACAAAACAAUUGAAGAAAGACUUGCAAGAAGGGGGCCAGAUAUGCAGAUAUGUGUGGAGCAGAGGCUAGCAGAUGCUGUUACAGGAUAUUUCACUGGGUGUGUACUACAUCUUCAAGGCUCACCUACCCCACAGCCUGUGUUAGACAAGGAUGGAAAUGUUCUGCUCUGGAAUGGAGAAAUAUUUGGAGGAAUUGAGGUGGAUGCCCGUGAGAAUGAUACUGAUGUACUACACAGUCGACUGGGAGGAUGUGAGACAGACAAUGAGCUGUUAGAUGUAAUGAGGCAAAUUCAGGGACCCUGGGCAUUCAUAUAUUGGCAGGAAAAACAAAAUAAUCUCUGGUUUGGGAGAGACAUUUUUGGUCGAAGGAGUUUACUUCUGAACCACUCCCAAGGUUCAUCAGAAAUCUGUCUGUCUUCUAUCAAACUGGACCAAUAUGGAGAAGAUUGGCAAGAAAUACCUGCAGCGGGCAUCUAUAAAAUAUCAAUAACACCAGAAACAUUAAUUUCAAAUAUAUCACUUUUUGCAGGUGUUAAUGAUUCGGGAGUUAACUCAGUUAGAACAGUGCUUUAUCCUUAUGUAAGUCCUUCAGUUUCAUUUGGUCAUGCUGCUAGUCAUAAUGUAGAUUCUAGUAUUGAGAUGAAGGAUGUAUCAAAAGCCUCUAAUUUUCUGAAUGAAUCAUCUGAAGUUUUCAUCCACACUUCAUUGAGGGAAUUUAAUGAUACUGUACCAGAUGCUGACCAAUCAGAGGCCUUGAAAUUAUUGGCCAAUGAGAAUCUCCCUAUUGAUUCAACGCAAAGUAUAUUGGACUUAUCCACAGCUGAAGACCACAAAUUAGCUGAGGAAUUUAUAAACAUUUUUGGAAAUGCAAUAAAAACAAGAAUUGAACGACAACCAGUAUUGUGUUCAAACUGUAUCAAAAAACAAAUGGUAGUGAAUCCAGCUAGUGGUGAUAAUAGUAGCGAUAAUAUGACAGUGAGGCUUAACAUGUCACAUGAAGAAAAGUGUCGUCAUUCUAGAGUGGCCAUUCUAUUCUCAGGAGGUAUAGAUUCCAUCAUGAUAACAGCAUUAGCGGACAGAUAUGUGGACAAAAAUGAGCCAAUAGACCUGUUAAAUGUUGCAUUUGAACGACAAAGCAAGCAACAGAAACAGAAACAUGGAGAAAGAACACCUGAGUCUGAUCAGUUCAUUGUCCCGGACAGAAUAACAGGGUUAAGUGGUCUUCAGGAAUUACAGAAGAUAAACCCAAAUAGAUCUUGGAACUUCGUCAAGGUAAAUGUUACAAAAGCUGAGUUACAAGAGAGGAGAGAAAGGCAAAUUAGAGACUUAGUCCACCCAUUGUGUUCUGUGCUGGAUGAUAGUAUAGGAUGUGCUAUAUGGUUUGCAGCCAAGGGUCAUGGAAUUCUACACUCAGAUAACCCAGGGGAACCUAUAGAAUAUGUAUCUCCAGCUAGGGUGAUCUUGGUUGGAAUGGGGGCAGAUGAGCAGUUGGCUGGCUACUCAAGACACAGGGGCAAAUUCAACACUGGUGGAUGGUCAGGUCUUGUGCAGGAAAUAAAGAUGGAGGUUCAAAGAAUUUCCGCCAGAAAUCUUGGACGUGAUGAUAGGAUAAUCACUGAUCAUGGGAGAGAGUCAAGAUUUCCUUUUCUAGAUGAAAAUGUUGUUUCAUUCCUGAACAAACUCCCAGUUUGGAAGAAAGCCAAUUUGCAUCUACCUCGUGGUUUGGGAGAGAAGUUUCUACUGAGGCUAAGUGCUCUAAAAGUUGGACUAUCAGACUCUGCAAUACUUGCAAAACGUGCAAUUCAGUUUGGAUCUAGAAUAGCUAAACUUGAAAACAAUAAGGAAAAAGCAUCUGACACAUGCUCAAGAUUAGCAAACAAUCUAAAGUAAUGUUCCUCAGUACAUGCAGUACAGUACACAGUAAAUCAUAUCUUAAAUAUAAGUGAAAAAUACAGUAUCUUUAACAGACAUAUUUAUUACUUCUCUUUGAUCUUAAUGUUAAUGCCCGGGUGUUAAUGGGGAUUCAUACAGUGAUCGUGUUUUUAAUUUAGAAAGUUUAUUUUCUCAUGAGUGAAUUUUUUAAUAAAUGGGAUAUUUGACCUCUAU